AUGGAUAAAGCAAUACAAGCAGUGGUAUCCAAUGAGAUGAGUAUGUACGCUGCCGCCAAAGAGUUUAAUAUGCCAACAACAACGCUAUUUGAUAGGAUGAAAGGUAUAUGUAAAUAUAACAGAGAAAAAGUGGGCGGAUCACAAGCUAUAUUAUUUUCAGUCGAACAACGACUGGCAAAUGCUAUAGCACCUAUUGAAAAGUGGGGAUUUGGUCUGACGAGGCAAGAGAUAUUAGACAUAGUUGCUGAGUAUAUUGCAAAAAAAAAUAACUUGAAAACCCUUUUUACCAAUAAUAAACCCGGACCAGACUGGUUUAUAAAUUUUAAAAACAGAAAUGAGUUUUCGAUUAAAAAACCACAACCAGUGGAACAUAUAAGGAGGAAAAUGAUAGACCCAUUUGUUAUUUCUGAAUUUUUCGCACUGCUUGAAGAAAAGCUGGCUCAUUUGAAUCUGUUAGAAAAACCUGAUUUAAUUUGGAAUUUGGACGAGACUUCUCUAUCCCUAGAUCCGACAAAAACCAAUGUUGUCGUAAAAAUUAAUAAACCUUGUUCGAGAAUAACAUAUAGGACUGGAAAAGAAAGUAUUACGCUCUUAGCGGCCGUUAAUGCCGCUGGUAAAAAAUUCGCCUUUAAUAAUUUUUAA